AGCUUUAAUUCCUCUCAUCGCAUCAUUAUCAUAUCAUCAAGAGACAACUUCGACUUCGCAAUAUAAUCUCAACACAAGCACUAUCGACGAAACAGAAAGAUCUUCUGCGACAGCUUUCACUACUCCAAAAAGGCCCACAAAUCUCACCUGCAGCUUUAUUCUGACGACCGACUUAUACUGAGGUAGUACCUCUAGUAACCAUCACCGGCUCAAGGCCCCUUCAAAGGCUCGACUGUCAACGUGGCAACCGAAACUCAAACCCUCAUGGGAAGCAUGGAAAAGAAGAAGAACAAUGAAUUCGCUUCUGCCGCCAGAGAUAUGAUCUUCUCUGGCGGCGUGUGCGAAGACAUAGAGAACGACGAGUCUGACGGCGCCAUCGACGACGGAGACGCAGAUGAGGACAUGGUCAAUUCGAAAAGGAAUUUCUGUCAAAUGAGGACCCAGAAGAGGAACUCAGAAGCUGGCCUUCUAAAGAAGGUCAUUCCUUUUCACUGGGCUCCUAUGCUCUCGCCCCUGACCGAGAACGAUAUCGACACAUGCGUAACCCUUGAAAAUGUCGCACUUUCAGAAGCGAGGUAUAGAUCAACACGUGAAAAGAUCGAAUAUCGUAUUCGGAAAUCUGGAGUCUGCUACGGCCUGUUCAACACCGUGAGGCCAAGCGAUGUAAAAAAGAUCUCUCUCACAACCAUGCAACACAGUCGGCCUGUUGAGUCAGGACGAUGUGAUGGGGCCAAACAUGUCAUGUUUGCGCAUGUCCUUGCUACUCUUGGAACACACCCAGUCGUAACUGAUGCAGAUAUGGCUAUGCCCGAGAACUGGAGAGACUCAAAAGCAAGCAAAGGCUCACCUCUAGGCCAUCAAUCUUCAGGGAGAACAAUCUGUCUCCAUUCGUUCAUCGUGUGCCCAGAGGUCCAGGGAGUUGGCGUUGGGAAAACAGUAAUGAAGUCAUAUCUCGAGCUUAUGAAUGCGUCUGGCAUGGCUGAUCGAGUUGCCAUAAUUUGCCAACCGUACGCAAUCCAGUUCUACAAGUGCUUUGGAUUCAAAGACCUUGGGCCAAGUCCAGAAGCCCUUGCUGGUCAAGGCUGGCAUGCCAUGGUGCUUGAACUCCGUGGUCCUAAGAGAAAGACCAAGGAGGAGCCUACACGGAGGAAUAAGGAAGAUGAUUCUCCAACAACCAAGGCGAAGAAAUCGCCAUCAUAGAUUUUUACAGGCUUGUUGCCAGAAUUUUUGGCAGUUGUUCAAUGAGUCUCCUCUCAAGAAGCACCUGUUGCUUCAUUACACUUCACAUUACCAAGAUAUCACCAGAGUAGCCGCAUCAUCGAAAAUAAUG